GAAAGCCUUAACUCAAGUCAAUCUUUGGUGAUUUCACUUUUCGAAAGUACAAGCAGACGAGUAUAUAACUUAAGACAUGUCUAACAAAUUGAAGAUUUUGGUUCCUGUGAAAAGAGUGAUUGACUUUGCUAUCAAACCAAGAAUCAACAAGGCAGGUACUGGGGUUGAUACCAAAGGUGUCAAGUUUAGUAUGAACCCAUUCUGUGAUAUUGCAUUGGAAGAAUCUCUCAGGUUGAAAGAAGCUAAUAAGGGAUUAGUUGAAAAAAUCCACGCUGUCUCUAUCGGCCCUACCAAAGCCCAAGAUAUAUUAAGAACUGCUCUAGCUAAAGGUGCCGAUUCAACAACUUUAGUGGAUGUUGGGGACGAAGAAGUUGAACCAUUGGCAGUUGCGAAACUUUUACAAAAAGUUGUAGAAAAGGAACAAUCCAAUUUAGUUAUUUUGGGAAAACAAGCCAUUGACGACGAUUCAAACCAAACUGGUCAAAUUUUGGCUGGUCUUUUGAACUGGCCCCAAGCUACCUUCGCUUCCAAAGUUGAAGUCGAAGGAGAUAAUGUUAAGGUCACCAGAGAAGUAGAUGGUGGUUCCGAUACCUUAAGUGCCAAAUUACCAAUGAUUAUCACCACUGAUUUAAGAUUAAACGAACCAAGAUAUGCCUCCUUACCAAAUAUUAUGAAAGCUAAAAAGAAACCAUUAGAGAAAUUAAAGGCUUCCGAUUUAGGUAUCGAAUUAUCUAAAAGAUUGAAAACCUUGAAACUUGAAGAACCUGCUUCUAGAGAAGCUGGUAUCAAGGUCGAUUCUGUCGAUGAAUUGGUUGCCAAAUUGAAAGAAGCUAAAGCUAUCUAAACUAAUGACGCAUGACUCUCAUUAGAUCAAUAUAAAUGGGUUUUAAGUAAUAGAAUUCAUUCAAACAUAGACUACAAACAUAUCUCAAAACUUUGAAAUUCAAUUUCUUCAUGACUUUUCUUCUUUCUUGUCUUUUUUAUUGAUCGAACUUUAAAAACUGUACUUGUAUACUCAAAUAUACUC